GUGCUGCUCAGCUCUCGGGCCAGUACGCGCCAGGCGACAGAGCAACUUGCAGCUCACGCGACAACUUCUGCCGCUCUCCUCGUCGGCGGCGGACCUCGGCUCUCGUUCUUUCGUCACUCCGCUCUCGCACGCUGCGAUGAGCGCACACACUCGCCCGGCUCGCAAGAGCACGGCGAGCACGUUCAGCUACGCCGAGGCGCCCUCGAGCGGCGACGAGGACGAGGACGAGGAGUUGAGCGAGGACGGCCGCGAGGGAGGAGCGAGCAGUAGCGAGGCCAAGGGUCCGACCAAGCGCACCAAGGGCAAGGCCAAGGCGGUCGAGGUCGACUCGGGCGACGAGGGCGAUGAAGACGACCAGCCGCGCAAGAAGGCUCGCGGGCCGGCCAAGGGCAAGCACCGCAAGCAGAAGAAGGCCAAGGGCAAGCUCGAGGUGCUCAAGCAGCUCCCCGUCGAGAUGCUCACCGAGAUCUUCUCGCACCUCGACACGGACGGCCUACUCGCGCUCAGCAUGGUCAACAAGCAGUACCGCUCGCUCCUCCUCGCCAAGUCGUCGACUCGCCUGUGGAAAACGGCGCGCGCUCGACUCGGCCUGCCCGACGCAACGGCCGGCGGCUUCACCGAGUGGCAGUACGCCGAGCUCGUGUUCGGCAAGACGUGCCAGGAGUGCGGCGCCGGCAAGGUCGCUCGCGCCGACUUUGGGAUCCGCAAGAGACUCUGCAGGGCCUGUCGCUCAUCUUCCAUGCUCCGCACCGACGCCAAGCCGUUCCGUCUUCUCGACCUUCACCCCCUCGCCAAGGACUGCGUCAUUUGGCCUCUGCACUCGCCGUCGCAGCUCAAGUGGACCACUGACGCUCCCUACGCCUUCAUCGAGGACCUCGAGUUCUACAGCGACAAGCUGUGGGAGAUCGAGCGCACCAUCGAGCACGACAAGCGCGAGCACCUGCCCGCCAUCGGCCGGCAGCGCCAAGCGCGCAUGUCAAUUCAGUCCUCGUCGUACAAGGAGACGUCCGACGACGAGGGCAUCACCCACACAGCUUCGCGCCGAGCCAAGGACAUUGUCGCCGCCCGUCAGCCUCUCCUCAAGCAGCUCAAGAAGGAGGGCUUCGCCAUGUUCGAGGCCGCCGAAAAGCUGCGCGAGAAAAUCCGCCGUCGUCAAGCUCAGCAGCUCUCGUUCGCCGAGCGCAUGAAGCAGAUGGACCGGGCCGACCAGAUCGCCGAGAAGGUCCUCGAAUCGGACCCGAGGUUCGACACCUGCGUGUUCACGCCGACGUUCAGCAGCAGCAAGCUCGUCAAGCGCGAGGAGCCGUUGACCGACGCCGAGUGGGAGCGCAUCAAGCCCGCCAUCCUCAAGCUCGCCGAGCGCAUCAAAAAGAAGCAGGACCGCGACGCGAUGCACCACCGCCUCCAGGACCGCCAGCGCUCGCUCCGCCCUCGCUACGACAAGCUCAAGGACGCCCUGCCGUCGAGCGCUCGGCCGUUCGUGCCCCUGUUCAUCGACUUUCUCGUCCUGUCGUCGGUCAAGGCGCUGUGGCAAGACGAGGCGAUCAAGCUCGACGACACGACGUGGGCCGAGCACCUCGACGACAUCAAGGACGAGCUCGACCAGUACCGCCUCGACAUCGCCCUGCACGCCCACGACCUCAUCGUCGCCGCCGCUCACGACCCGGACGAGCCGUCGUCGCCGGCGCCAGAAGAGCAGGAGCCCAACCUGAGCAACGACUUCUGGCUGCUCGCGACCUCGUUCGUCGGCUGCGGCAUCGUCGACUGCCACCUGAGCGCGUCAAAGACCGGUCCUGGUCCCGCUCCCGCCACUCGGUCAAGUCGGCAGGCUGCCGCCGACGAGCGCGCUGCACCUGUCGGCUCGCUCGAGGAAGUCCUCCGCCACAUGCACGCGUGGCACAACGGCGACACGUUCAUCGCGAAGCCCAAGCGCUUCAACGACGAGCCUCGCCUGCCUGUGUCUCUCUCCCUCGAGGUGUCGUGCGCAGUGGGCGCGCUCCUCGACCUCGCCAAGCUCGACCCGGCGACGGCAACGGCCGACCACCUCGACGCGUUCACGGCCAUCGUCUCUGAGUACCUGUGGGACAACUCGCCGUCGCACAAGUCGUUCCCGACGAUGUGGCGGUCGCGCAAACCGGACAAGACGUGGCUCGAACUUCUACGCGCAGUCAAGAUAAACGUCGACCGCGCCGCGAAGCUCUCGCCGCCCGAGUCGCUCGACCCGCCCGUCAUCGCCUGCACCCUGCGCGACCCUCGCGACUGGUCCCGCCUCCCGAUCCGCCCUUCGAAGCACAACGCCGCCGUCGCCGCCGCCAGGGGCAAGCGCAAGGUCAAGAUCAAGCGCGAGGUCACCGACGACGACAUGUCCAACAGCUCGCCGCACGAGGACGUCUCGGCCCGCCGCAAGGAGCUCGAGUUGGAGGACGAGGAGGAGGACCAGUUGACGGACGACAGCUCGGCCGACGAGUCGUCGUGAGUGCGGGCAUUGGGCGAGGACGCUUGAUGUAGUGCGCGCUUGUCGCUUGGAACGCUUGACCGGCUCUGCUUCUC